AUGAGUGUGACUCCGCCCCUUGAGAGUGUGUCUGAUGUUUGGGCGGGGCUUGCGCUGUUGGGCAGUGUGUCUGAUCUGUGGGCGGGGCACGCGCUGUUGGGCAGUGUGUCUGAUCUGUGGGCGGGGCUUGCGCUGUUGGGCAGUGUGUCUGAUCUGUGGGCGGGGCUUGCGCUGUUGGGCAGUGUGUCUGAUCUGUGGGCGGGGCAUGCGCUGUUGGGCAGUGUGUCUGGUCUGUGGGCGGUGCUUGCACUGUUGGGUAGUGUGUUUGAUCUGUGGGCGGGGCUUGCGCUGUUGGGCAGUGUGUCUGAUCUGUGGGCGGGGCUUGCGCUGUUGGGCAGUGUGUCUGAUCUGUGGGCGGGGCUCGCGCUGUUGGGCAGUGUGCCUGAUCUGUGGGCGGGGCUUGCGCUGUUGGGCAGUGUGUCUGAUCUGUGGGCGGGGCUUGCGCUGUUG